GGCGCUUUAUGCCUGCCUGCGCAGCUGAGCCCUCUUUGGCAGCCGCCCCAAAGCCAAAGCCAGCGCACAUCCAGCGGCACCCACCAGGACUGGUGGCUCUUGUUCCCUGCUCUUUGUGCCGGUCGGCCCCCCUGAGUGGAGCACCAUGGGCACGGGGGACUUUUUCUGCAUCUCCAUGACCGGAGGGGCGCCCUGGGGCUUCCGCCUGCAAGGUGGCAAGGGGCACAACCAGCCUCUACAAGUGGCUAAGAUUCGUGGCAAGAGCAAAGCUUCCCAGUCUGGUCUACGUGAAGGGGAUGAGGUGGUCUCUAUCAAUGGCACCCCGUGUGCAGAUCUCACCUACACAGAAGUCAUCAAACUCAUGGAAAGCAUCACUGAUUCUAUCCAAAUAUUUAUCAAAAGACCAUCCACUGGAAUAAAUGAGACCUACAUCCCUGAGGCUGAAAACAAAGAGCAGCCCCUCCUGAUACAAGAGGAGCACGUGGAGAGGACCAGCCUGCAAAUUUGGCCCCACUGCAGCCAGGACGACAGGGCACUUCCUGACCCGAAGGAUGAAAGGAGCCCUGGGGACUGCUCUGGAGAAAGCAAUCUGUACUUCCCGAGAAGAGCCCUGAAGACGGAAGAGUGCAGGCCAGGGACUGUGGUCGAGCUGCAGUUGUCCCUGUCGCAUGACAGACACCAGGACCCUGGAGCUUCGGUGGGGACUGGCCCGGGAGGAGCUAAAAACCACACCUCUCCUGACCCCCACCCAGACCAGCUGCAGGGAGGGCUAGGGCUAGAUCAAGGAACGGCUGUGUUCUCUGAGGAGAAGGAGGAUUCUGGCGAGGGGCCCCUCCGCAAGGUAACUCAGCUCUCUAGUGGCCCGGAGCUGCAAGUGACCCAAGGCAGAGAGGCAGGGGCCCCCCACCCCUCCAGGGCUAAAGUGAUCGUCAACUACUCCUCCGAUCGAGAGAAGGCAGAAGGGUCCAACUGGACAGGAAGAAAGGGGUGUGGUGAUUUUCAAGUGGAAGGAGGGCGGGCCGAAGCACCUCCUUCUGUGGUCUCCUUUCCCAUCUCCUCGGAAGGCACUGAGCAGGGAGAGGAUCAGCAGAUCUCCGAGAGGGAUCACCGGAGGCCCCACAAGCACCGAGCUCGGCACGCCCGGUUCCGGAGGAGCGAAAGCUUGUCGGAGAAGCAGGUGAAGGAAGCCAAGUCCAAGUGUAAGAGCAUCGCCCUCCUCCUCACGAAUGCCCUCAACCCCAACUCCAAGGGGGUUUUGAUGUUCAAGAAACGCCGCCGGAGGGCGAAGAAGUACACCUUGGUCAGCUACGGCACUGGCGAGCUCGGGCGCGAAGCCGACACCGAAGAAGAAAGCGAAAGGGACGGCCUUGUGGAAGUCAAGUUCACCAGCGAGUCGGAGGUCGAUGAAGAGGUCUUCUCCGACGCUGACGACGACAACCCAGAGACCCUGGUGGGGACCCGUGACUGGGAUCGAUCUGGCCCUGUAGACGAGGACAAGAAGCUCAGAAGCGGAGACAAGAUGCAGAUGCUGCCAGACAGCUCGGGGAAGGGCGUGCUCAUGUUUGCCAAGAGGAGGGAAAGGAUGGACCAGAUCACCGCAGAACAAGAGGAGAAGGCGGAGGGAGUGCUGGGCCGGGGGGAAUUCGAGGAUGGCCAUGCAGACGGUCUGCAAACAGUCACUUCCUACCAGAGGAGGGAGGAAGAGAGCAUGCGAGUGCAGAGCUCCAGCUCCGUGAGCAAGAGUUACGUGGAAGGAAGCCACACGGUGCAGCACAAUGGUUUCAGCGGAGCCCCAGAAAUGCCCGAGGCCCAGAGAUUGGCCGCCUCCAACAGGACUGCCAAGCCCUUCCCCGGAUCCAUGAAUCAGACGGCCAUGCCAUUUUCCCCUACCAGAAACCUAGCGAGCCCCCUGUAUGAUUUUCCUGCACCGCCCCCCUACUCUGCAGUCAGCCCUCCUCCGGAAGUCUUGUCCAGAGGGAUGUCUAGCCCCUUAGCCAGCCCAGCGCAGCCACCCCCAUGGCCCCAGCCAGCCCCGUGGUAUGAGCAACCCGAGCAGAUCGCUUCCCGAGACGAGAGGAUUUCAGUGCCAGCCAAAAGAACGGGCAUACUGCAGGAGGCCAGGAGGAGAGGUGCCUCAAAGCCCAUGUUUACCUUCAAAGAGGCACCCAAGGUCAGCCCUAACCCUGAACUGUUGUCACUGGUACAGAAUGCAGAGGGCAAGCGGGGGGCCGGGGCCGGGUUCGAAUCCGGCCCCGAAGAAGACUACCUCAGCCUUGGAGCAGAGGCUUGCAAUUUCAUGCAGGGCCACUCUUCGAAGCAGAAGACCCCACCUCCCGUCGCCCCCAAACCCUCUGCCAAACCCUCCUCCUCUCAACCAACCACUCCCAUCUCCCCAGUCUGGUGUCCACCUAGCCAGUCGCCUCCAUUCACCGUUUCCAACCAGUCCCAGGGGAUCGUUGCCUCCGCCAUCAAAAUAGCUCGGCCUGCUUCCACUCCUUACCAGCCUCCUCCUCCUCCUCCAAACGUGGCUGGGCCCUUUAAAGGACCCCAAGCAGCAGUAGCCAGCAUGAACUACACACCCAAGGUGACGCCCAUGGGAAACGCUGCGGUGACACCAGCCUCUGGGCCGGGACCAUCCAACGAAUUGCCAAAAAUGAGCGGCAAAGGAGCAGAGCUCUUUGCUAAGAGGCAGUCACGGAUGGAGAAAUAUGUGGUAGACUCAGAGAAAGUGCAGGCCCACAUGGCCCGGCCUCAGUCUCCCACUCCGUCUUUACCAGCUUCCUGGAAAUACUCCUCUAAUGUUCGAGCCCCUCCGCCGGUCGCUUACAAUCCCAUCCACUCUCCUGCCUACCCUCCGGCGGCCAUGAAGUCUCAGACUGCGGCAUCGGCUUCAGCCACCUCCAAGCCGAGCAAGAAAAAGGGCAAGAAGCCCCUCAAUGCUUUAGACGUGAUGAAGCACCAACCGUACCAGCUCAAUGCAUCUCUCUUCACUUUCCAACCUCCAGAUGCCAAGGAGAUCCCGAUCCCAAAGCCAGCUGCCAAGCUUGGGCCAGUCCCAGUCUUGAAGUCAGCUGUUCCUUCCGCUCAGCCACUGGUCAAUGCGAGCUCGCCCAGCACCUUCCGAGCUUCCUCCGUGUGCUCGAUGCCAUCCUACCCUUCUCAGCCCACCUUCUACUCCGAGGCUGCGGCCACUCCAGUCAGCCCAUCCCCCGUGCCGCCGCCAAGCCUGCCCACCUCUCCCAAGCUGGAGUCGAGCCCCCCGACUUACUUUGUGGCUCCGAGGCCCAAGUUCUCGGCCAAGAAAAGCGGUGUCACUGUUCAGGAUGAUGGACAGUCACUACUUUUUAGAAGACCAGUUACACCCACUCUAUCUCCCACUUCUCCUCUGAUGUUCCAACCUUCCGCCAGUUACCCUGGAAAACCAGCUGGUGAGCCUGCAAAAAAACCUAACAAGAGAUUCACACCUUGGGAAGCAGCUGCUAGGUCUCCUCUUGGCCUUGUGGAUGAUGCCUUUGACCCCAGAAACAUCCAAGAUUCCAUUGUGGCCCAUGUUGUCUCUGCUGCCCAGAGGAAAAGCUUGCCAGAGCCACUUGAGUACUGGAAACUGGGAGUUUCCUAUGCACCUCAGUUUCAGAAGACAAAUCUGGGCCCAUUCAACAGGAGGGAGAAUGGCAUCACUAGCCUGCCAAAGAGCACCAGAAAAACCAUUUAUGCCAACAACCAGGAUGAUGCCCCAUUGCCAUAUUCUACCUAUUACAGGAAACCCUCUAGGACUGGGUUUGAAAGAAUGACCAUGGAGACCAAGUCUGAGUAUGGCUUCUCCUUCAGUGAUGGCAACUAUAAUCCACACCCAAGAGGAUGGAAGCGUGAGACCUGAGACUCCCCCAAGGCAGAGAAACCCUUCCAUUUCAUGCUCACCAUCCACCAGCUGUAAUAGUUAUGCCAUGGGACACAGCAAGUGAUCUUUUCUGGAACCAACCCAUUCUGCAGGACAUGACAACCUCAGGUGUGGAUCCCAUGGCUCUGAGAUUCUUCUGUGUGAGAGAUUUGUUUAAUUAUUUUUGAUCCUUAGUUCCCUAAGUCACAUCUGUAUAUUUAACAUGUGAGGAUGUCCACACCUGUUCAUUCAAACCUUAAUAUUAGUGCUUAAUACCUACUCUUUAUAUAAGUGAGCAAUGGGGUGAAAGAGAUAUUUGUGGAAGGAAAAUGUAAUUGCCUGAGUUGAUUUCUAGAGUUCUUAGCCUCAUUUUCUUUAUGCCACACAACACAUUUCCCAGUAGUAGUAGUCUCUCGGUAACUGAGGAUGACUAUUGUCUUUGUGUGUUUUUGUGCACAAAGACACUUGUGCAUGAAGAUUUAAGUGGAAAAGUCGAUGCACAGAGACAGUCCCACUCUCUCAGCGUUGGAAGCCUGGGUCUAGUGGCACAAAGUCGUUACACCUGGAGACUUCCUCAGCUGCAUUGGAUGGCCGUGUUGUCUUUUGUGCUCCAACACACCCUUAGCACUCCACAUUGCCUUGCUGCAUCGCCAUCUCAGCCGUUGAACCUUCUUAUUGGUUUUUUCCAUCUGUUCAGCUGAAGCAGUCUUCACAUGCUGGGUGAGCAAAGCCCUAGUUCACCAGGGGUCCACGACGACCCGAUGGCUACCCUCACAAGGUUUAGCCGGCCUGUCGAAGCCGUUGCCCGGGGUGUGGCCACUGCCGCCUGCUAGCAGCUACUGGGAGCCACAAGUGAGAGCUGAGUGUCAGGUGAGGGUCAGAGGCUGGAGAGCUGCCCUAGAAGGGCACGACAAGCCCUCCAUACCAGAGAUACUACCCCUCCCUGAGCACCCAAUUCAUCUCUGUGUGAUCUAGAUGGGACAGGGUCUCCUGUCUGACCUUUGUGCCACUGUGAAUUACAGAAAAGAAGGAAUAGCCUGGCAUUUCUGGAUCUGGCAUCAGACAUCCACAAUGAGGACCCUAGUUCAGGGAACGCUCUCAAAGACAAUAGAUUAGUCUGUGUGGAAAGGGAUUCCCUGAGGGUUUGGGUUUUGUUACUUUUAAGUACAUCCCUGAAUAGUUUAAUGUCUAAUUAAAUUCCAUUUUCUUUGAGAACCAGAAGGUAGUUCUAGACAGCCUGUGAAAGAUUAAUGAAUGGUAAGAUCGCCAUGAGUCCAUAAUCAUAACCGAGUUGUACACCUGCAGUAGGGAAUUGUCUUAAUUCUAAUCAAUUUGGAAUUGGCUUCUAAGAAUGAAAUAGCGAUGGGGAGAGAGACUGAUUUCAUUGAUAUAAGGAACUUUCUAGUGAGGAAACUCCCUCUACCAGUGCUGGUCAGUAUCUUUUUUGCAACUUAGGAUCUUAGAGAAUUGCCUGAAGCAAUGAGAAAUGAUGACUUGCUCAGGGUCACACAGCCAACAUCUGCCAGAAAGUCUUCUCAUCACCGAGGCUGAUUCUGUCCACUACCCCAUGCUGCCUCUAAAGAAUGAAGUUGCUAACAAAAGAGCUGUUAUGGGUUUCUCAUGUCUUUUACUCAUGAUUAUAGGUAGCAGAUUCGAUCUCAAGGUUAGUGAGGCCAUAAACGUUAUGACAUGCCUCUUUCUUGUUGCCAAAAGAAUUGUUGAAAGGCAGGUUUUCUGUUAUGUGUUACAAGGUAUGAGUGCCGAUGUGAAGGAAAGAAAAGAGCCCUAGAGGGUUGGUCACAUAUUUAUUUUAAUGAAGUAGCCAAUUAUAACUGCUUGUCACUGUCCUAGGUAGCCAUUCACUGAGUCGGAGAGAAAGUUGUUGGCCACAACAAAUGAACCAACCACAAUUAUUGCUCCUAAUAGAUAGAACAGUUGAUUGAUUGAUAGAUAGAUAGAUAGAUAGAUAGAUAGAUAGAUAGAUAGGUAGAAAGAGAGAGAGAGCAUUUAUAAAGUGCCAAGGAUGCAAAUAAGACAGAGGCAGCUAAGUGGCCCAGUGGAUGGAGUGAAGAGGGGAGGUCCUGGGUUCAAAUAGGGCCUCAGAUGCUUCCUAGCUAUGUGACCCUGGACAAGUCACUUAACCCCAAUUGUCUAGAGCUUACCUCUUUUCUGCCCUGGAAGUAAUACUUGUGUAGAUUCUAUGACAGAAAGGAAGGGUUGGGGAGAAAAAAGCAAAUAAAACAGUCUGAACUUGCAAGAUCAGAGAUUUCAAGAUGGAGGGGAUCUUUUACUGGGAGGUCAAUUACUCCAACCCUCUCAUCUGAUAUAGGAUAAACCAAAGAUUAGAGAAGUGAAGAGAUUUACCUGCUUGUGGCCAAACAGGCAGGACUAGGUGUCCAAGUCAUGAUUCAGUUUGGGAUCCCCCUGACUGCCAAUGUGGUUACUACCUUUUCUACCACACCAAAAAAACUGAAGCUGUGCUUCGUCAACUGAAAAGUAAUCAGCAUCACUCUGGAAUUGGUCACUGGAUAUUGAAGAGCAACAGCAUCACUGGGGGAUUCCUGAGAAGAGCUGGCGGGGCUCAAGGUCCCUGUUUGAAUCCCUGUUAGCCUGAGUAGAAGAAAACAAGGUCCAGCUCUGACCCAGUGUCUCAGUUUGAAUUCUGUUCAUUGUGAAUUUAAGAAGCAUUCAGAUGACUCUCAAGACGAGAAGGGUUGAGAAUUUUAUUUUGCUUUAUGAAAGUGCUUAGGAACCUAAGUCACGGUAGAGAACUUUUCUUCUAGGAAAGGUCAUUUUCAUUCAUCUCCUCCACUGAAGGUAGAGGGUUUUUUAAUAGCAUUUUAUUUUCUCCAAAUUACAUGUAAAAAUAAUUUUUGACAGUCAUUUUUUUUAAAUCUUGAGUUUCAAAUUUUCUCCCUUCCUUUCUCCUUUCCCCUCCCUGAGAAGGCAAGUAAUCUGAUACAGAUUCAUUGAAUUUAAGUUCUAAGGAGAAAAGGAGAAGGCGACUCUGUUGCUUGACUUGUGGAAAUGUAGCAGUAUUGACCAAAUGACACAAGGAUCUUCUUUGCUCCAAUCACCCAAAAACUCAGUGAUGAACCAGGAAAAAUAAAAGUGCUGAGUGUUGUUUUUAAAGGGAUGUUGCAAAAAGGGGGGGGGGCAGCUGGGUAGGUCAGUGGAUUGAGGGCCAGGUGUAGAGAUGGGAGGUCCUGGGUUCAAAUCUGGCCUCAGACACUUCCCAGCUGGGCAAGUCACUUAACCCCCAUUGCCUAGUCCUUACCACUCUUCUGCCUUGGAAUCAAUAUCCAAGGUGGAAGGUAAGGGUUUAAGUAAAUAAAUAAAUAAAUGGAUGGAUGGAUGGAUGUUGAUUACUGAGAAAAAAAGAUGAUAGAGCACAGAUUCUCCCAAAUGUGAGAGCCCAGAAUGACCAAGGGGAAUGCCUGAGAAAUUUGAGGCAUGAUGCUUGCUGGUCCCACUCGACUGUCCUUCUCCUACCGGCAGUGCUCUCCUCACAAUAUCUCUAUGCUGCCCAUUGCUCAGUCUGGUGUGGAGAUAGGAAGAGUCAGCAGAAAAGACUUUGUUCCCCAACCCUACUGAGCUCAUAAACAAAUGCUACUUACCACUUAUGUCCUUUAAUCAUGGAUAGCAGUUACUCAGUCACUGGAGCCAAUACCACCCAUGUGAUGUACUAGAGAAAGACGUGGCCAUUUACAAUAUCACAGGGUUUUUGCUCCUCAGUUUCCAGAAUGCAGUAGACUCUUUAAAAAAAAGCUUCAUUAAUGUCUUUUCCCCAAUUCAACAAGCCUUUUUAAAAAUACCAAUUAUGUACAAGUCUUAGAGUUGGGCAUUAAGCAUACAAGGAUAUAAGUAAAAUAAUUACUACCCUCCAAGAUCUUCUAUUCUAUGGGAGGAGGGGGGAGCAACAUGUAAACAUUAGUAAAUAUAAGAUCAAGACAAAGUCAUUAAAGUUAUUUCAAAAAUAAUGGAGUGUUGCAAAUCUGGCCUCAGACACAGGCUAUGUUACCUUGGGCAAGUCACUUAACCCCAUUUAUGUUACCUUGGGCAAGUCACUUAACCCCAUUUAUGUUACCUUGGGCAAGUCACUUAACCCCAUUUGCCUGAAUAAAAGAAAAGGGAGUGCUGAGGGAAUUAGAAAAGGACUCAUUGAAGAGAAUCCUCAAGGAUCAUGCUUUGAAGGAUGGAAGGGAUUCUAAGAGGAAGAGGUAAGGAAGGAAUGCAUUUUAGGCAAGGAGGAUCUUUUAUUCAUUUCCCCUUAAUACUCUCCCCACUGAAACCUUCUUUGUUAGGAAGAAAAACAUUUAACCAGAGUCUGAUGGUAUAUUCCACUCUAUAACCACAGUCCCUGCCACCCUACUGAGGAGCAAAGUGUCUUUUACUUUUUAAAGAAUGAUUAUAGAACUCUGCUUUCCUUGUCACAGUUAGUUGAAGAAGAUAAUUAAAAAUAUUUAUCUGUGUAUCAAUCUUCAAGCUUUAAGUAAAUUAAGAAAAGAGUAAUACUUGAGAAGCAAAGAAUUCAGUCUUCACUGGAGAUGAUAGACACACCUACUGGCUUUCUGUUGAAAGGCGCCCUUCCAGGAAGUCAUAUAUACUUGGUGGAGAUGACCCCCAAAUGGAAAAUGGUUCAAAUAAAUAGCACUGGACCCCACUGAGAGUUAGAGCCCUGAAUGAUGAGCAAGAAAUUCAUUCUACCUAUCUGUUCCAUUGUUAGAAUAAUUGAAUCACAACUGAGAAAUGGAAGAGAUCUUACAACUUACAGGUUACAACCCCCUGACAUUAUGAAAGGGACAAUUAAGAGUCAGACAGGAACAUAGCUUGUGAGCUGGAGGGAGCCUUAGAAGAUGGUCAUCUAGUACAGACCCCUUCUUUUAGAGAGAAGGAAUUUGCGACUACCCCAGAGCAAAGAAGUGAUUUAACAAGGUCACCCAGAAAGUAAGCGGCAGAGCUGGGUUUUGAACCGUGAUCUUCAGAGUCCUGUCCAAUAUUCUUCUGACUCCAGAAAGUGGAAGAAUUAUUUUAAUGAAGAAUAAAGAAUGAUCUUAAUGAAAAAGUAAUAUACUUUCCCUGGAGCUGUAUCUUUGUAAGGACAGUGCCCCCAAGUGGUAGGACUAGCUUUCCGGGAAGUCCUCCCAGAGAUAAAGAAAAUUGCAGUGCCUUUCCAUCUUCCUCAACUUUAAAUAAUCAAAUGGAAUCCCAGAUGGCUACUUUGGAAGUCCAUUAUUAAUGACUGCAUCUCGAACUUUUUCUUCACCUUGUGUGUUACAUGAAUGCACAAAUCUAUUGAUAGGUUCACAGGUCACAUAGUGGAAGGGAUCAUAGAGGUCACCUAGUCCAACUCCCUCAUUUUAUAGAGGAGUCAUAGAGAAGGGAUGGGAUUGCCAACAUCCUCGGAUUACAGGUGGCAGAGCUGGGAUUUGAACCCCCUUCUUCUGAUGUCAGCUUCAGUGCUCUUUGAACUCCACUCCACUUUCUUUCUUCCUUUCUUAGUUACUUCCACAAAGCCUGAGAAACACACACACACACACACACACACACACACACACACACGCACACACGUAUGCAUACAUGCACACAAGUAUAGAUAUACAUAGCUUGCACAAAUAUGGACUUGCGCACAGAUCAAUGGCACAAAACGGGAUCAGAAGCCUGACCUGACCAGCAGCUCUAAUUAGAGGAGAGGGAACUGUGUGAAGGCUUGGUUUUCUAGAAGAGCUCACAGUCCAAGUUUCACUUUUGAACAAUACUCAUCACUGGUUUCCAUCGUAAAAGACUCUUUGCCAUCUGAAUGUCUGAAUCUUAUCUAAACUGAAUUGCGGUGUCCAUUUAUAUUGAUUCAUCACCAAUGACUGGGUUUGAAAAGUGCAUGUUGAAGAUGAAAGUUGCAUUAAUAAACAUUAGCUUGCCAAAUCAAA